GAAAUUACGAAUAAUUAAAAUUAAAAAAAAAAAAGGAAAAAGAAGGAAGAAAUUAAAGAGCCCGAUCACGGUUUUCGUUCGGCGCCUCAUCUUCCUCAUAAACCCAAAAUUUCAGCUGAACAACUAGGGUUCCUUAUAUUACCAGAAGCAGCCAUGUUCGCAGUGUCCAAUCCGUAGUUAAUUACGAGGUCUCCACCGUCCGAUCAAAAUGGGAUCGUCUUCGUCGACUUUCCCGGUUAUCUGCCUUCUUCACUCCGUCGUCGCAAUCACGAGCGGGACCCUUAUGAUGUUCUAUAUGAAAGAGAUUUACACGAUUGGCCAUGGGAUUGACACCGCCACUAAGUUAAUGGGCUCUACGCCGCACGAUCAGCUCCUGAUUCGGACCUCCGAUUCGUUUUCUGGAUUGCUCCUCUUCGCAAUCGGAUUCCUUCUCUUCAUGGUUUCCUUCGUCAGGGACAGGGAAUUUCAAGGGUUUUUCGCCAAGGGGUGUACGGUGCUUCACGUCUCAAUGGCGAUGUGGAGAUUCUAUUUCGAGCGGAGGGUGGAGGAUCUGGCCUGGGAUUGGCUAAGGCAGAUUGUUGGUGACAUUCUUCUUGCUCUAUCUUGGGUCUUCUUUCUUGUUUAUUCCUGGAGAGAAAAAUAUGAUUAGUUUCCCUAAGUAAAUUGCUGAGUCUUUUCUUUUGAUUCCAAGUUGCAAAUUGCAUUUAUAUUCUCUGGGUUUUGAUAUCUGUUCAGAAUUGGGAAAAGAAGGUACUGAUUCAAACAUUCAUAUGCCAGAAAGGGGGCAAUCCAUCCCACUUUCCCUUGUGUGUGUGUGUGUGUGUGUGUGUUUUCUUUUCAUUCCUUGUUGAUUGAAGAAUGUUUCUCAGCUUUGAAACUACAAUCAUUUUGUAAAUGUUAUGUGAUUAUUAAUAAGCCAACAAAUGAAAUAUAUGUCAUACAUGUUGCUUUGUUGUUGAA